CCUCUGGCCCUGUCUGGGGACGCUGCUCACCAGCCACGGGCGGUUUAGGCCGACCUCCCCGCCUCCUCCUCAGCGCAGACACAGCCUAUAAAACCACCCGGUGUGUGCUUGCCGACCCUAGCCCCUCCCUGGACACCCAGGCCACAAUGGCAGAACUGCCCGCCACAGAGACGCCUGGGGACCCCACUCUGUGCAGCGGGCGCUUCACCAUCAGCACGCUGCUGAGCAGUGAUGAGCCCUCACCACCAGCUGCCUACGACAGCAGCCACCCCAGCCACCUGACCCACAGCAGCACCUUCUGCAUGCGCACCUUUGGCUACAACACCAUCGACGUGGUGCCCGCGUACGAUCAUUAUGCCAACAGCACCCAGCCUGGUGAGCCCCGGAAGGUCCGGCCCACACUGGCUGACCUGCACUCCUUCCUCAAGCAGGAAGGCAGACACCUGCAUGCCCUGGCCUUUGACAGCCGGCCCAGCCACGAGAUGACCGAUGGGCUGGUGGAAGACGAGGCAGGCACCAGCAGCGAGAAGAACCCUGAAGAGCCUGUGCGCUUCGGCUGGGUCAAGGGGGUGAUGAUCCGUUGCAUGCUCAACAUUUGGGGCGUGAUCCUCUACCUGCGGCUGCCCUGGAUUACGGCCCAGGCAGGCAUUGUCCUGACCUGGAUCAUCAUCCUGUUGUCGGUCACGGUGACCUCCAUCACAGGCCUCUCCAUCUCAGCCAUCUCCACCAACGGCAAGGUCAAGUCAGGUGGCACCUACUUCCUCAUCUCCCGGAGUCUGGGCCCAGAGCUCGGGGGCUCCAUCGGCCUCAUUUUCGCUUUCGCCAAUGCCGUGGGUGUGGCCAUGCACACUGUGGGCUUUGCAGAGACCGUGCGGGACCUGCUCCAGGAGUAUGGGACACCCAUCGUGGACCCCACUAACGACAUCCGCAUCAUCGGUGUGGUCUCCGUCACUGUGCUGCUGGCCAUCUCCCUGGCUGGCAUGGAGUGGGAGUCCAAGGCCCAGGUGCUGUUCUUCCUUGUCAUCAUGGUCUCCUUUGCCAACUACUUGGUGGGGACGCUGAUCCCCCCAUCUGAGGACAAGGCCUCCAAAGGCUUCUUCAGCUACCGGGGGGACAUUUUUGUCCAGAACUUGGUGCCUGACUGGCGGGGCCCAGAUGGCACCUUCUUUGGAAUGUUCUCCAUCUUCUUCCCCUCAGCCACGGGCAUCCUUGCAGGGGCCAACAUCUCCGGUGACCUCAGGGACCCUGCCAUAGCCAUCCCCAAGGGGACCCUCAUGGCCAUUUUCUGGACCACCAUUUCUUACCUGGCCAUCUCAGCCACCAUUGGCUCCUGCGUGGUACGCGAUGCCUCUGGGGUCCUGAAUGACACGGUGACCCCCGGCUGGGGUGCCUGUGAGGGACUGGCCUGCGGCUAUGGCUGGAACUUCACUGAAUGCGCCCAGCAGCACAGCUGCCGCUAUGGCCUCAUCAACUAUUACCAGACUAUGAGCAUGGUGUCAGGCUUCGCGCCCCUGAUCACGGCCGGCAUUUUUGGGGCCACCCUUUCCUCUGCCCUGGCCUGCCUUGUCUCUGCUGCCAAAGUCUUCCAGUGCCUUUGCAAAGACCAGCUGUACCCACUGAUCGGCUUCUUCGGGAAAGGCUACGGCAAGAACAAGGAGCCUGUGCGCGGCUACCUGCUGGCCUAUGCCAUCGCCGUGGCCUUCAUCAUCAUCGCUGAGCUCAACACCAUAGCCCCCAUCAUUUCCAACUUCUUCCUCUGCUCCUAUGCCCUCAUCAACUUCAGCUGCUUCCAUGCCUCCAUCACCAACUCGCCUGGGUGGAGACCCUCAUUCCAAUACUACAACAAGUGGGCGGCGCUGUUCGGGGCUGUCAUCUCCGUGGUCAUCAUGUUCCUUCUCACCUGGUGGGCAGCCCUCAUCGCCAUCGGCGUGGUGCUCUUCCUCCUGCUCUAUGUGAUCUACAAGAAGCCAGAGGUAAAUUGGGGCUCCUCGGUACAGGCCGGCUCCUACAACCUGGCCCUGAGCUACUCAGUGGGCCUCAACGAGGUAGAAGACCACAUCAAGAACUACCGCCCCCAGUGCCUGGUGCUCACAGGGCCCCCAAACUUCCGCCCAGCGCUGGUGGACUUUGUGGGCACCUUCACCCAGAACCUCAGCCUGAUGAUCUGUGGCCAUGUGCUCAUCGGACCCCCCAAGCAGAGGAUGCCUGAGCUCCGGCUCAUCGCCAGCGGGCACACCAAGUGGCUGAACAAGAGGAAGAUCAAGGCCUUCUACUCCGACGUCAUUGCCGAGGACCUCCGAAGCGGUGCCCAGAUUCUCAUGCAGGCCGCAGGUCUCGGGAGAAUGAAGCCCAAUAUUCUGGUGGUCGGGUUCAAGAAGAACUGGCAGUUGGCUCACCCAGCCACAGUGGAAGACUACAUUGGCAUCCUCCACGAUGCCUUUGAUUUUAACUAUGGCGUGUGUGUCAUGAGGAUGCGGGAGGGGCUCAACAUGUCCAGGAUGAUGCAGGCACACAUUAACCCCGUGUUUGACCCAGCGGAGGACAGGAAGGAAGCCAGUGCCAGAGGUGCCAGGCCGUCAGUCUCUGGCGUGUUGGACCCCAAGGCUCUGGUGCUGGAGGAGCAGGCCAGCACCAUCUUCCAGUCGGAGCAGGGCAAGAAGACCAUCGACAUCUACUGGCUCUUUGACGACGGAGGUCUUACCCUCCUCAUUCCCUAUCUCCUCCACCGCAAGAAGAGGUGGAGCAAAUGCAGGAUCCGCGUGUUCGUGGGCGGCCAGAUUAACAGGAUGGACCAGGAGAGAAGGGCAACUUUCCUACUCAAAGUGUUGUCUGUGGUCCAGCAGCACUGCGUCUGGAGUGUGUUAGACAUGCAGAAUCCCAGGCCCCACUCCAGACCAGCCGAAUCAGAAUCAGCACGGAUGAUUUCUCUGCUGAGCAAGUUCCGACUGGGAUUCCAUGAAGUCCACAUCCUCCCUGACAUCAACCAGAACCCUCGGGCUGAGCACACCAAGAGGUUUGAGGACAUGAUUGCACCCUUCCGCCUGAAUGAUGGCUUCAAGGACGAGGCCACUGUCAACGAGAUGCGGCGGGACUGCCCCUGGAAAAUCUCAGAUGAGGAGAUUACGAAGAACAGAGUCAAGUCCCUUCGGCAGGUGAGGCUGAAUGAGAUUCUGCUGGAUUACUCCAGAGAUGCUGCUCUCAUCGUCAUCACUCUGCCCAUAGGGAGGAAGGGGAAGUGCCCAAGCUCGCUGUACAUGGCCUGGCUGGACACGCUGUCCCAGGACCUCAGACCUCCAGUCAUCCUGAUCCGAGGAAACCAGGAAAACGUGCUCACCUUUUACUGCCAGUAACUCCGGGCUUGGCCAUCCCUGUCCGCCACUGGGGGUGCGUGGGACGAGUUGGAACUCGACUGGCUGCAGUCCACAGGGAUGAGACUCAUGUUCUGUUGCACUUUAAGUGGUAGCAUCUGAUGAUCUCACCAAAAAAGAUGGUAGAUUUCCAAAUCUGGCUGGACUCUGCUUCCACCGGACACAUUCUCUGGGUUUUGUUUUUAUGGGCUGGAGAAACAGCAGAUGGAGCUGCAAGGAAAACUCUCUAAAGGAUCCUAUUCCUUUUAAAGGGUUUCUUUUGAUCUUGAUGACCAUUAAUUAAGAGUUCAGUCUUUGAUUUGUAUGCAAACAGGAGUCCCAAUGCUGGGUGUGAAUCUU